GCAAUGUGGAUUCUGUUUAAAGUGUGUUUGCCGAUUUUGUUCAUGGAAGGAAAUUGAGUUGAGAGAGACUAGAGAGCAUGGAAGAUCGGGAGGACUUGAAGUCCAUUCUUCCUUAUUUGCCGCUUUCGCUCUGUUCAUCGUCUCUCUUCUGGCCGAAUCAAGUGGUUGAAACUCUAACAUCUCUUUCUCGUGGCCCCAGCCACAGUGGUGUGACCUCCGGCUAUAAACUGUUUCAAGUUAUUUCCGAUCUCCGGCGAGCUAUUUCUCUCACUCUCCCUUUCGACAUCCUUGAUUUCUCCGCCGCAGAUGGAUAUGCUCUUUUAUUCGACGAAAGAAUAUCUCUUGACCAGGCGGAGAAAUGGAUGGGACAGGUUAUUCCUGCAAUGGCUGAUUUGCUACUGCGACUUCCAUCUCUUUUAGAAGCUCACUAUCGGAAUACAGAUGUCCUGACAGGUCUUCGUUUGUUAGAAUCACAGAAUUCAGGGAUAGUAUUCCUCAGCCAGGAAUUAAUUGGUGCUUUUCUUGGAUGCUCAUUUUUCUGUCUAUUUCCAAUCUCUGACAGAUUUGACAAACAACUUCAGAUGAUCAAUUUUGAUCAUUUGUUUGCGAAUCUCAGUAGCAGUUAUAGGGAAAAUUUAGAGAACAAGGUCAAAUGCAUCAUGCACUAUUUUGAGAGGAUAUGCUCCUCUAUGCCAACGGGCAUGGUGUCCUUUGAACGUAAAGUUCUUCCUCUGGAACCCAAUCCUGGUGUUUGUUAUCCGGAAAUUGAUGAUUGGAGAAACUCAAGGUUACCCCUUUGCAAAUUUCAGGCUUACCAUUCAGGUUUAAUAGAAGAUCAAUCGCAUGGAGCCUUGGAAGUAGAUUUUGCUAACGAGUAUCUUGGAGGUGGUGCUUUACGUAGGGGUUGUGUGCAGGAAGAGAUCCGUUUCAUGAUCAACCCAGAAUUGAUUAUUGGCAUGCUUUUUUUGCCUCGCAUGGCUGACAAUGAAGCUAUAGAAGUUGUUGGUGCUGAAAGGUUUUCUGACUAUACAGGGUAUGCCUCCACAUUUCGCUUUUCUGGUGAUUAUGUGGACAAAAAGGAUCUGGAUGUAAUGGGAAGAAUUAAAACACGAAUAAUUGCAAUAGAUGCUUUAUGUUUCCCUGGAACAAGACAGUUUAGGCAUGAAUGUCUUCUCAGGGAGGUGAAUAAAGCGUUUUGUGGGUUUAAAGAUGGAUUCAAUUAUCAGCAGUAUCAAAGACACUGUCAAGAGGAUAGAGUUUGCACUCCUAGUUUACAUAAAGAUGUAGAUGGGUCCAAUGUGGGUACUUCAUCAGAUGUUCAAAUGGAUGAAGCUUCAAGAAUUCCUUCAGUAUUCAGUCAAGAAAGAUCUAAAGAUUCAAAAGCAAGUGCUGAUGGAAUAAAAGGGAACCAAUAUCUGGAAAGUGAUGAGCCAAUCGGCAUUGCAACUGGAAACUGGGGAUGUGGUGCGUUUGGAGGAGAUCCUGAACUUAAAGUUGCAAUCCAAUGGCUUGCUGCAUCUCAGGCUAAGAGACCUUUCAUCUUAUAUCACACAUUUGGUUUGAGGGAACUGAAAAAUAUUAACCAGGUUUGUACGUGGAUUCACUCUAAUGGCUGGACAGUUGGUGAGUUAUGGGGUGUAGUAGUAGAUUAUUCAUCUAAGAGAUUAAAUGGAAAGACUAAAGAUGGUUUUUUCAGUUGGCUCCUUCCGUCUCUACCUUCUAAUGCUUAAUCAAAAGCAUUUUACUUUAAGAACAAUGUUUACUCAUAUGCGUUGUUUUACCCCGUGUUUACUCAUAAUUGAAUAGGCAUAUAUAUAUAAAAUCAAUAUAGAUCUCUUGAAUUAGCUUCUGAGACGGCUAAAAAGUGAGAAUCCAGGGUUAAGUAGAUUGUGAGAACAUAUUUUAUUUUUUACUGCAAACACAACACGAGAAAGAUCAUAAUGCAUUUUUUGUGUACUAAAAACCUGCUGAUUUUCAAUCACCGCCACCUGCUGUUACACAUAACAU